GGUCGUGGCCCCCACCCCGGGAGCUCUGGGAGCCCGGGUGACCGCGUAGAAAUGAAUACUGAAGCAGAACAGGAGCUUCUCCAUCAUGCCAGAAAUGGCAAUGCUAAAGAAGUUCGACAGUUAUUAGAAACCAUGGAAAGAAAUCAAGUAAUUGCUGACAUUAAUUGCAAAGGAAGAAGUAAGUCUAAUUUGGGGUGGACACCUCUUCAUCUGGCAUGCUAUUUUGGACAUAGACAAGUGGUCCAGGAUCUGUUAAAGGCUGGUGCAGAAGUGAAUGUAUUGAAUGACAUGGGAGACACGCCGCUUCAUCGAGCUGCCUUUACAGGACGAAAGGAGCUGGUAAUGCUUCUUUUAGAAUAUAAUGCAGAUACUGCUGUUGUUAAUGGGAGUGGACAGACUGCAAAAGAAGUCACUUAUGACAAAGAAAUCAGGAACAUGCUUGAAGCUGUAGAAAGGACUCAACAAAGAAAGCUUGAAGAAGAACUUUUAGCAGCAGCGAGAGAAGGCAGAACAGCAGAACUCCUAGCUCUGCUCAACAGGCCCAAUCCUCCUGAUGUUAAUUGUUCGGAUCAGUUAGGAAAUACACCCUUGCACUGUGCAGCUUACCGGGCUCAUAAGCAAUGUGCCUUAAAGCUUCUAAAAAGUGGAGCAGACCCAAAUUUGAAGAACAAAAAUGAUCAGAAACCCCUUGACCUUGCCCAGGGUGCUGAAAUGAAACACAUUCUUAUUGGUAAUAAGGUCAUCUACAAAGCACUGAAACGAUAUGAAGGCCCUCUUUGGAAGAGUUCAAGAUUUUUUGGCUGGAGAUUAUUCUGGGUGGUAUUAGAACAUGGAGUCCUUUCGUGGUAUAGGAAACAGCCUGAUGCAGUCCAUAAUAUUUAUCGCCAGGGAUGCAAACACUUAACUCAAGCAGUAUGCACGGUAAAAUCCACUGAUAGCUGCCUCUUCUUUAUUAAAUGCUUUGAUGACACUAUUCAUGGCUUCAGGGUUCCUAAGAAUAGCCUUCAACAGUCAAGAGAGGACUGGCUGGAAGCAAUAGAAGAUCAUUCUGCGUACAGCACUCACUACUGUUCCCAGGACCAACUGACUGAUGAUGAGGAGGAAGAUGCAACUUCCGCUGUAGACUUGAAGGAAUCCUUAGAGAAAGCACAAAAAUGCCAACAGAAACUAGAUAGGGAAAUUUUCAACUUUCUGAAAAUGAUUAAGGAUUGUGACAUGGCUAAAGACAUGCUUCCAUCAUUUCUUCAGAAAGUUGAAGUUGUCUCUGAAGCUUCCAGAGAAACUUGUGUAGCUUUGAGUGAUUGCCUUAAUCUCUUCACUAAACAAGAAGGGGUGAGGAAUUUUAAAUUGGAACAGGAGCAAGAAAAAAACAAAAUUUUGUCAGAAGCACUGGAGACUCUGGCCACUGAACACCAUGAAUUAGAGCAAUCUCUGGUUGAAGGCUCGCCACCCCACAGCAUCCUCAGCGAAGACGAGUUCUAUGAUGCACUAUCAGAGUCCGAGUCCGAGCGGUCCUUGAGCAGACUGGAGGCAGUGACGGCACGCUCCUCUGAAGAGGAAGGAGAGCACCUGGGCAGUAGAAAACCCAGAAUGUCAGAGGGAAACGAUUGUGGUGGUGGAGAUGCUCUCUCCAAUGGCAUCAAAAAACACAGAACAAGCCUGCCCUCCCCUAUGUUUUCCAGAAAUGACUUCAGUAUCUGGAGCAUCCUAAGAAAAUGUAUUGGAAUGGAACUAUCCAAGAUCACCAUGCCAGUUAUAUUUAAUGAGCCUUUGAGCUUCCUACAACGACUCACUGAAUAUAUGGAACAUACAUACCUCAUCCACAAGGCCAGUUCAUUUUCUGAUUCUGUGGAAAGGAUGCAGUGUGUAGCUGCAUUUGCUGUAUCUGCUGUUGCUUCUCAGUGGGAACGCACUGGAAAGCCUUUCAACCCGCUUCUGGGAGAGACUUACGAAUUAGUUCGAGAUGACCUUGGUUUCAGACUCAUCUCGGAGCAGGUCAGCCAUCACCCACCCAUUAGUGCAUUUCAUGCUGAAGGAUUAAACAACGAUUUCAUCUUUCAUGGCUCGAUCUACCCCAAACUGAAGUUCUGGGGCAAGAGUGUAGAAGCAGAACCCAAAGGAACCAUCACUUUAGAGCUCCUUGAACACAGUGAAGCAUACACAUGGACAAAUCCUACCUGCUGCGUACAUAACAUCAUCGUGGGUAAACUCUGGAUUGAGCAGUACGGCAAUGUGGAAAUCACAAACCACAAGACUGGGGACAAAUGUGUGUUGAAUUUUAAGCCAUGCGGCCUUUUUGGUAAGGAAUUACAUAAAGUCGAAGGCUACAUUCAAGAUAAAAGCAAGAAGAGGCUCUGUGCCCUCUAUGGGAAGUGGACCGAGUGUUUGUACAGUGUGGACCCUGCCACUUUUGAUGCUUACAAAAAAAACGACAAGAAAAAUACUGAAGAGAAGAAAAACAGCAAACAGAUGAGCACUUCUGAGGAGUCGGACGAGAUGCCAAUGCCAGAUUCUGAAAGUGUGUUUGUGAUCCCUGGAAGUGUUCUCCUGUGGCGAAUAGCCCCACGGCCUCCAAACUCUGCCCAGAUGUAUAACUUUACUAGCUUUGCAAUGGUUUUGAAUGAAGUAGACAAGGAAAUGGAGAGCGUGAUUCCUAAGACAGACUGCAGGUUACGGCCUGACAUCAGAGCCAUGGAGAAUGGAGAAAUAGAUCAAGCUAGUGAAGAAAAAAAACGACUUGAGGAAAAACAAAGAGCAGCCCGCAAAAACAGGUCCAAGUCGGAGGAGGACUGGAAGACAAGGUGGUUCCAUCAAGGUCCUAAUCCCUACAAUGGAGCACAGGACUGGCUUUACUCGGGCAGCUACUGGGACAGAAACUACUUCAAUUUGCCUGACAUUUAUUAAAAUGCACACAAGUCAGGGUGUUUGGCUAAUCUAUA